AUGGCCGAAGAACUCCCCAGCACCGACAUCAUCACCCUCACCCGCCACGUCCUCGCGGACCAGUUCAGCCUCGGCGCGCAGGCCACCGGCGACCUCACCCUCCUCCUCACCGCGAUCCAGACGACGUCCAAGUUCAUCGCGACCAACGUCCGGAAAGCACGCCUCAUCAACCUCGUCGGGCUCGCGGGCGAGACGAACGUGCAGGGCGAGGAGCAGAAGAAGCUGGACGUGCUCUCGAACGACAUCAUGGUGAACUCGCUCCGCGCGUCCGGCAAGUGCGCCGUGCUCGUCUCGGAGGAGCUCGAGGAGGCGAUCAUCAUCGAGGGCAAGUACAAGGGCAAGUACUGCGUCGUCUUCGACCCCCUCGACGGCUCGAGCAACAUCGACGCCGGCGUGAACAUCGGCACCAUCUUCGGCAUCUACCAGAUCGCGCCAGACUCCAAGGGAACGAUUGCGGACGUGCUGAGACCGGGAAGCGCUAUGGUCGCGGCCGGGUACACGAUGUACGGCUCGUCCGCGAACCUGGUGCUUACCACCGGCCACGGCGUCAACGGCUACACGCUCGACGCUGCCCUCGGCGAGUUCAUCCUCACCCAUCCUGACAUCAAAAUCCCGGCACGAGGCAAGAUCUACUCCUUCAACGAGGGCAACUCGAUGUACUUCCACGAGCCGGUGGUCAAGUACCUCGAGAGCAUCAAGUACCCCGCGAACGGCAAGGCGCCGUACUCGGCGCGCUACAUCGGCUCCAUGGUCGCCGACGUCCACCGCACCCUCCUCUACGGCGGCAUCUUCGGCUACCCAGCGGACAAGAAGAGCAAGCGCGGCAAGCUCCGCACGCUCUACGAGGCCUUCCCGAUGGCCUUCCUCACCGAGCAAGCCGGGGGUCUCGCGACGACCGGCACGGAGCGCAUCCUCGACAUCGUCCCGACGAACAUCCACGAGCGCUGCCCCGUCUUCCUCGGGAGCAAGGACGACGUGCAGGACCUGAUGAAGUUUUACAGCGCGGCCAACGGUGCUGCGUAG